AUGCUAAACCGCCUCCAUGGCCAACCCGAGAGCUAUGAGAAAAAAUCAAAGUACAAGUUCGGACGCACCCUUGGUGCUGGCACCUAUGGUGUCGUUCGUGAAGCAGAUGGCCCUACCGGCAAGGUGGCCGUCAAGAUCAUCCUGAAGAAGAAUGUCAAAGGCAAUGAGCAGAUGGUCUACGACGAGCUUUCCAUGCUGCAGCGACUAAAACAUCCUCACAUCGUCAAGUUUGUCGAUUGGUUUGAGUCCAGAGACAAGUUCUACAUUGUCACUCAGUUGGCCACAGGAGGAGAGCUCUUUGAUCGUAUCUGCGACAGGGGCAAAUUCACCGAGAAAGACGCCUCUCAAACAAUCAAGCAAGUUCUCAACGCUGUUGACUACCUGCAUAAGAAUGAUGUCGUUCACAGAGAUCUCAAGCCCGAGAACCUCAUCUAUGUGACUCCCGACGACGACUCCGACCUUGUGUUGGCCGAUUUCGGUAUUGCCAAGACCCUCGAUAGCAAGGACGAGACACUUAAGACCAUGGCCGGCUCUUUUGGCUACGCAGCUCCCGAAGUCAUGGCCAAGCAAGGGCACGGAAAGCCAGUGGACAUGUGGUCUAUGGGUGUCAUUACUUAUACCCUGCUCUGUGGCUACUCUCCUUUCCGAAGUGAGAACCUGCAGGAUCUUCUUGAAGAGUGCACCAGAGGAAAUGUCAUCUUCCAUGAGAGAUACUGGAAGGAUGUCAGCUCCGAUGCCAAGGAUUUCAUCAACUGUCUCCUUGUCCCAGAACCCAACAAGAGAUGGACCAGCGAGCAAGCUUUGGGUCAUAUCUGGUUGAGUGGCCAGACCGCCAGCGACCACAACUUGUUGCCAGAAAUCGAGGCCUUCCGAAGACGCUCCCGCCUCCGUCGCGCCAUCGAAAUUGUCAAGCUGCAAAACCGAAUCAACAAACUCCGAGAGCACGAAGAAGACCCCGAGAACUCUGAGAUGGGAGACGCAUCAGCUGGUGAUGAUAAGAAGGAUGGCGCACGAUUGCAUGCCCUUGGUCUCUUUGCUCUCAAGGAUGUCAAGCAGAAACAGGAGACGUUGCAAAUGGAGGAGGAAAUGGGAAAGGAGGCGAAAAGACGUAGCUUUACCGAGAAUUAA